AUGGAACAGAUUGCCACCACGAAGCUUCCCUCCGUCUUGACUCCUUCUCCCAUUCCCAACCCCAUCGCAAAGACCUCCCCUUCCCCUAUAACAUCACACACGACCGCCGACGCCCCCACCGACUCCGAAUUAGACAUGUUUCGCCCACCAGUUAAUCGUAUGAUGCGGACCCUCGACCGCUCCUUUUUCCAAAAAAUAAUUCCCCUCUCCGCCGCUACCGUCUUCGACAAAAAGGCUAUAGGCAGCAUAAAAAAUGAGCUGUUACAGAGCAAAGACUUGAUCUUUAUGAAUCGCAUUAUACCUGUGCGCAUCGCGCGGGAGGGCCCGUUCGAAAAUGUUGUAGAUCAUUGGUAUGGGUCCAAAGAAGGCAACCAGACAGGGAGGAGAUGUCUAUUGCUUAGAGAAGGUAUUAAGGCUGAUGACACAACAACCUGGUCUCCUACCAUUCAGCGGCUGGUGGAGGCAAAAUCCGUAUCCGUUCAUCCGUUCAAUGUACUACUCGAUUACGAUUAUUUCACCUACAAGGAUAUAGUUGAUGCUAUACUUCCGGAUACUGAAUUGGAUGAGGUUCCCGUUGGCUUUUCUCAAGUUGGACAUGUUGCGCACUUUAAUCUUCGGGAGCAAUAUUUGCCAUAUAAGUAUUUGCUUGGAGAAAUUCUAAAGGAUAAACACAGCAAUGUUCGAACAGUCAUUAACAAAACCGAUGAAGUCGGGUCGCACAGCGAAUUCCGCACCUUCGGAUACGAAGUGCUUGCAGGAGAGGACGACAUGUUCGUUAAUGUACGCGAGCAAGAUUGCGACUUCGCCUUCGACUACUCAAAAGUCUACUGGAACACCCGCCUCAGCACUGAGCAUGAGCGCAUUGUCAGCAAAUUCAAGAAGGGUGAAGCUGUCUGCGACGUCAUGGCUGGUGUGGGUCCAUUCUCGAUCCCCGCAGGAAAGAAGCAGGUCUUCGCCUGGGCCAAUGAUCUGAACCCCUACGGCUACCAGUGCUUGGAACAUGGCAUUGCAAAGAACAAAGUCGCAGAAUUCGUACAAGCCUACAACAUGAACGGUCGUGAUUUCAUCCGCUAUGCCACUGAACAUCUUUGUAACCAGUACCCGCGAACCGUCAAACACCGCAUCAAGAUACCCAAGGCUGAGCGCGAAGACUACGCCGAAAUCCGCCAACUAAAACCAAAAUCUUUCGUCACUGAGUACAUAAAGUGUCCUCGAACCUUCGACCACUUUGUCAUGAACCUCCCCGCCACUGCCAUCGAGUUCCUCGACGCCUUUAUUGGCGUCUAUGCAGGCCUGCAAGAACUUUUCCAGCCAUAUUCCAACCGCCAACUUCCACUCAUUCAUGUCUAUUGCUUCUCGACGAACAGUGAGGAUGAGGCGAUCGAGCACAAGGACAUUUGCCAGCGCAUUUCUGAAAGGAUCGGGUACACAAUUUCAUCUGAGGAUUGUGAAGGUGGCACUGGGGAUCAGGAGCGGGAGCUGGAGAUUCGGGACGUGAGACUUGUGUCGCCGACGAAGAAGAUGUUCUGCGCCAGCUUUAGAUUACCUGCUGAGGUGGCGUUUAAGAAGGCUUAA